UCAUAGGGCCCCGGGCAAUAGGGGAUCAUGGGGCCCCUGUGUCCUUGCCCAAACUCAAAAAGCCUAUGAAAAAGGUACCAGGGGUAUCUAAUGGGGCCCCCUACUGACCUCCGGCCCUCGGGUAGUGCCCGAGUUUCCAAAUGGUCAGUCCGCCCCUGUCCGCCCCUGUUACGGAGUGUAAUAGUUUGGAGGAUGUCCCGCCAUCAUAUCAGUCUCUAAUUGAUGAAGGGCUGGUUUAUUGAUGAUCUGUACUACGCUGACACUCACCAUAA